GGCAGGUCAAGGUCAGCGACAUUUGCAUCGAGAUGGAUGGGGCUCAGAAGGUGCGGCUGCUGGAUCAUGCCGGAGAGUUCUAUGCAGACUUAGAUCCAUGGAACGGGGAUUUUCAGAGUCCGCGCCAGUUCGUUGUGAGGCUGGGAGAUUUGAGGCUGCAAUUGGACGCUGAGGAAGCCAUGAGCCUUCUGAUUCUGCUGAGCAACAUGUUCAGCUUGAUGCUGGAUGGAGAAGCAGAUUUGAUGGGCGACAUCAUGCAGCUGGAGGUCGCGGACGAAGUCCGGGAGUUCUGCGCUGAGGCGCCUUCUUUGGAGUGGUCCUGUGAGUGUCCAUGGCCGCAGAUGCAAGUGAGCUGCACUGAUCCUGUGAAGCUUUUACUGCCCUGUGGAGUCUUGCAGCCCAUGGUGGUCAGCUUUCAUGUGAUCUCCAGUGAGGACGCUGGGGAUGGCAUGUGCUUUCAACUGAGCGACUUCAGCAGUUGGUUUUUGCCCACCGUCGUCCCAUUGGAUCGUCGCUUGACGCUGCCAGCACAAUCGGAUGGAGCGUGGACGCCUGCCAAGAGGCUGAUGCAGUGCAAGGCCAUCACCGUUUCCAUACAGCAGCAGGCCUUCAACAUCCUGGCUCCCUGCGUCUCGCUGCUGGUGACCGCUCCACAGCUGGCCUUGCUGACGCGACACUUGCGGCGCUGGGGCUCGGUCCGACAGGAUGCAGCGCCCAUGAUGGAAAAGAGAGCAAGUCUGAGCAGUUCCUUCGGAAGCAGCGAAUUGGCUUCUCCUUCUCCUCGAAAUUGGCAAUUCUCCGUGAAUUUGCAACUGCCAAACUUGAGCUUGGAACUUGGUGGCGAGCAUGGCAGUGAUCCGGUGCUGCGCGCAAAGUUCAACUGGUGCUUGGGAUUGGAACUGGAUGCUCAGAUGCUUUGCUUCAGCCAAACCUUACAGGGCCUGACCGUGUGGGAGCCGUGCUCUGAACGGCAGCUGCUGCGUCUUCCGCAAAGCAGCAGCCUAGUGGUGACAGUCCCUGCCAUAGAAUCCAUCAAGGAGCAGAUCCAAUGGCGUGGACGUUUGGCCCCCCUUUGGCUCUCCAUCGACUGUCAUAGUUUCGGCAAAAUCUUGGACUACCUACGCGAGCUCAGCGAGGCCUUCGCCGAUUUGGUCCUGCCAGAUUUUGACCCCACGAUGCCGGAGAAUUUGGGACUGCUUGGAGAUUGGGAGAACUGCCUGCAGAAUGUGGAUCUUCACUUCAGCUUUGCACAGCUGUCGUUUUUCUUGCCCAGCUCGUGCACACAAGAUCCCAAAGGGAUCUUCGUCAGUUGCUCGCUGCUCUGGUCCUUCCGGCAGCUCCGUUCGCGCUGCUUCGUCUCCAAACUCUUCGCCGCAGAGGCGUCGCAGAGCUGUUCCGUGGUGCCCAAGGUUGAUGGAUCCACCAUCCUCCACUCCAUGCGCUUCCGGAUGGACGCGGAGCUGUGCCCCGAGCCUCCCAGUCUUACGGGGCGUUUGGAGGUGGCGCCCAUUUCGGUGUCGCUCAAGACGGAGCAUGUGCCACUUUUCCUAAGGAUUUGGCGGUACCUCAAGGCCUUGGAUUCGGAACUGGCAACGAUUUUCGGCGACCCUCCGGACUGGACCAGUUGUAGCUCCCCACCACGCUGCCGGCCACAUCGCACCACCGAGUUCGAGCCCCGCAGCUGGCAGCUGCGCCUGGCCGAGCUGCGUCAGAUCGGCCGGGUGCUGCGGGAGCUGAUUCCCCCGUACCUGCUGCAGGCGGCCCGGCAGGCGGCGCUGCUGGUGAACAGCUGCCGCCUUCAGUUCGACGUGGACCUGGCCGCCGUGCACGUGGGGAUGGUCCAAUCGAGCACGGAUGCGGAGCUGGCGGUGAUUUUGGUGGAGGACCUGAUCCUCACCCUGGACCGCGCUGCGUCCUUCGCCGCGCAGGGCUUCCCCUCGCCGCUCUCUGUGGCCUCGCCCGCCAGCAGCGCACCCUCGCCCGUGCAUCAGGCGAAACGCAGGGAGCAUUUGGCCGGGCAUGUCACGGUCUCGGUGGACAUCACUUCGACCGAGUUGGCACGCACAAGCACGUUGCUGGAACCGGUUUGCUUCAUGUUCAGCCUCUUUGAAGGCAUCAAGCGACAGCCUUCCAGCUGUAAGGUCUCCUGGAUGAACCUGAAUCUCAGCUCGGCCCUCAUCGAUACGCUGGUGACCUUGUACGACGAUGCGACCGAGAGGAUUGCAGGUAUGGAGCCUUUUGAAGGUCCCUCCCCAUCUGCACCCUCGGCCUCUUCAUCGCCGAUCUAUGAGCUACCAGCUGUGAACAGCCAGGGGAGGAGUCUUCAGCGGCAGCUAAGCAUCUCCAGUAGACAACCUCAGCUACGGGUCUGGAACUUGUUGGGGCAAGAUAUCAAUCUGGGCCUUUUGGAACCUGUGGGCCGCUCUGAGCAAAUCUUCAGCGGAGCCAGUUGUGUAGUGAAAAUGCCCUGGCGCGGCUUGCGCAAAGCUGCUCAGAGCGGUUGGACCGUGAAGCUGCAACUGGCAGACGUCCCAGAUGCCCAGGUCUUCCUACAUCUCAAUGCCACGUCGGCAGUGAAGUCAGUCUUGGUGAGGGCGAAACCACGCACUCGCAUGGGCUCCACUAGCACUUUGUUCAGCUCCAAGAUGGCCUGUCACAGAGCAGACACCAGUGGGAGCAACCUCGACAUGACCUACAAGGCCUCGAAUUCCAAUUCCAACGAGAACUGGGUCUUGGUGAGGACCGAGGUGGGUGACAAACUGCACGAGCUGGACGUUCACCUCAGCUCUGUUCUUUUUUUGGAGAAUCGCACCGACUUGUCUCUCUCGGUGGCACCCUAUGGCACUCCACCUGAAGGCUUUAUGGAGUUGCCGCCUCGCUCGGAACCAAAGCCCAUUCCUCUGGACUGGUUCGGCCAAUCGAGUCUAUGGGUUGGUGUCACAGAAGAGCUGAAGAUGCCUUCGAUGAACAGUUCUGCGAGUUCCCUCUCAUUUGGAGCGGUCCUUUCCGGCAACACUGAUCCUGAGAAGAGAGGCUGGAUGAGGCCUCAACGUCGUUGUGGAAUUCUGCAGCCCAUGAUGGGUAAAACCACAUGGCAAGCCAUUCGACGGUACCGGAGCAUGGUGGCCAACGACUACUUUCUCCGAUCCAGGAUGCUGCAUCUCUCGGAUCGCACGGGCGAAAGCUGUGCCUGUCUCUGCGCCACCGUCUGCGGCGUCAGUGCAGAUCUGCAGGCAUCCAUGCAGGCGUUGAUCUUCAGCGUGACCUUGGAGCCGGCGGCGCAGAUCUGCAAUCGGCUGCCCUGUCCUAUGAGGUUGUCCACCCUGGAUGGGCCAAUCACCAUUGCACCGGGCGAAGACGUGGAUCUUGUGAAGCCCUCGCAGCAGCUGAAGGUGACCCUGGAUGUAUCUCCCUCCACAGGUAUUUUGGAACAGGAGCACCUGCAGCUUCAGUUGGAGACCGCGGUCUGGGCGGACCGUUUGCCUCGAGAGAAGCACCAGAAACUUCUGCAGUUCAGCGAGGUCAAUGUUCACGGCAAGGAGGCAGAUCAGAUGGCCAAGCUCACGGUGACGUUGGAGACGGAGCCCGGAUUGACGAUGUCGGAGUAUUGGUCGCCCCUACAAGUGCGACAGUAUUCACCUCGCUCCGUGCGACUGGUCUUUUUUACCCAGUAUUGGCUGCUGAAUCGUCGCAGCGACUGCCGCGUGUGUCUUCCGCAUCCCGAGCUCAAAGCCACAGCACGGGGGGCAGGCAUGGCCAAGUUCUGGAGCCGCCGGCCCAACGGUGGAGCUCGGCUGUCCUUGAUGCAGUUUGACUGCAACACGUUGCGGAUGGUGUCAGAAAAUCUGGUGAGGAGAGGGAAGAUUCGAGUAGGUCUUUGUGAUCAGCGCUACAACGCCAAUGGCGAAUCCUUGGUUCCUGUGACAGAGCCAAUCAGGAUCAAUCAACCAACAGUCGGCGCAGCAACAGCCCCACGAACGCCCUUCAACCCGGUGCAGCGCUGUUUCGGGUUCACCGUGCGUCCUGCGCCUCUGCCGUUCUACCGCACGCUCUUGGUUGAAGUGGUGAGGAGGUAUACCCUCCUGAACCACAAGGAGCACGUACUGUUCUGUCUCGAGAAGGAUGCAUGUUUGGCGCCGCUGGAGCUCCUGGCCGGCGCGUGGGCAUCCUUCGAUCCCCAAGGAGCGAAUCUUCAAAUUGCCAUCACCGGCAUCGCAAAUGGUACGGCACCCAUCGAGGCUGCCAGGAGGAGCCAACGCGUCAGCACCCUUUCGCAAGGGCGACAGUCACCGCUGUCGCCCAAACGACGGGCAGUGACAUGGGCAGAUGCUGGAGAAGAGUUGGAUCUCGAGGCUGCUGACUUGGAGCAGCAGGAGUUCUUCUCGGCGCCUUUUGUUUUGGCCGAAAGCAGCAGGAGGAGUGUCCAGCUCAUGCACUUAUGCGACCUGUCGCACUGGGACGCCGCUGCGCUGGAGCGUGGCGCGCUCCUGGCGCGCCCUGAGCCACUGCUGGGUCCACCGCAGCCGGCCACGGGCAUCGGACACGCCUGGUGUCUGACGGCGGUGGACACCCUGGUGGAGCAAAGCUCGGUAGUGGUUCGCUUCUCCGAACCCUUGCGGCCCCAGUUUCGCAUCCUGAACCGCACAGGGCAUUCCUUGGGAUUGCGACAGGAUUGUGAGAAAGCUCCGGCCUUCGAAUUGGCACCGGAACAGCGGAUGAGUUUCUGCUGGUUCCAACCAGAGGGGCCCUUGCGGUUGCGCUUGCGCUUGGGGUCUCAAGAGAUCAGCUAUGAAGUGGGCACGGUGGAGGAACAUUCGCCCCCGCUGCGCGUGGAACGGUCCCCCGCCGGCGGCGCCUUUGCCGGCGUCCUGCGUGAAGAGUUCCUGGUGCAGACGAAGGUCUCCCGUGGAAGCCGGGAAGUACACAUCCAUCCGCACUGUUUGCUGAAAAACUGCAAGGGUCAUGCCCUCUUGGUGCGUUCCGGCAUUAAGGGCUCUGCCGAGAUGGUGGUACCCCAUGAGGGCUCCGUAUGCCUGCAGCGUGAGUCCAAGGUGUCCGAUCAAGUGGCGCUGGAGAUUGCCAGCUGCAUUCCGGGCAGUUCCGUUGCCCACUGGUCGGCUCCCAUCAUGCUGACCAAAAACCUGGCUGGGCAUCGGGGUUUUCUGCGUCACAUGAAGAGCGGCGGCAGCGGCAUGACCUCCGUUUUCGAAAUCACCAUGGUGGAUGUGAAAAAGGAUCCCAUCUCGGACUUUUUGGUGGUGGAACUGCGCCCCUAUGUGAAGGCCAACUGUCCUUACUUUUUCGAGAACGACUCGCGACAGGUUUGUAGCGUGAGUCAGCUGGAUGGACCGGAAGCUGGGGCGCCAUUGGACCUCUUUCCUGGCGAAAGUGCGCCAUUUGUGCCGGUUGGUGCCGUGAUUUGCGGCCAGGGCACUUUUUAUGUGCGCCUCGCGGUGCUCGGCGCCAAGGAUGAGGUCCAGUACAGCAGCGUGAUGGACAUCGAACUGCCGCAGGAAGCCAUCUUUGGAUCGAUGCACGUGAAGGUCUUGAAGGAAAGGCCCCGGCAUAUCAUCCUGCGAGAUGUGAAUGAUGUGAAGGAAAAGGUCUGCAGGAAAGGUUUGAAGCAAAGUUUGCCACCCUUCUUGUUCCUCCAGCGUCUCUUGGGCUCCAAGCCGCAACGGAAGAUCUCGCUGUCGCCGCGGCGGCGCCGCGGCUCUCCGCGGCGCCGCGCCACGCGGCUCGUCUCGCCGUCGCUGUCCUCGCCGUCGCCGAGGCAGCGGCGACCCACGUUGCCGCUGCAGAUGUUGAACAGCACGCCACGGCUGAGACUUGGAGGGCUGGGAGUGCGAUGCCCAGCUCAAGAUCUUUGGGGUCAAGGAUUUCAAGACUCAGAAGCUGAGUUGAACGCGGCAUUUUUCGAUUUUAUUGGAGAUUCCACCUAUGUCAACCAAGGACGUGGCUCUUUGGACAUCUUUUGGACCAUCCAAGGGCGUAAGCGGAGCUAUCGAGUCAAAGGCAUGGUCUUCGAGUUGGUUGUGCAGGGCGCAGGGGUCACCUUGGUCGAUAGCACCUCACUGAACGAGGUGGCAUACCUCUGUGCAGAUACCUUGGUCGUUGAUUUGGUGCGGUAUGAAGGAGCACGGAGGGCCUUGGAGAUGAAACUGGGAUCGCUGCAAUUGGAUGUGCAUGACAACAGCGCUGGUUGGCGGAGUAACGUGAUGCUGCGGCCCAAGCGAAGUCGACUUCUGCGCGGCACCUUGGAACGGCCCUUCUUGUUGUGCAGCUGCAACUGGCUGGCACUGGAGCGUGGAGCAGGUCCUGCCGCCCAUUUUGAAGUGGACAGUUUGAAGAUCGACAUGCAGCCCAUCGAGCUCCGCUUGGACACCUUGAGCAGCUUCCAGUUGGCGAUUUUUGGUCUGGAGUUACUACGUCGUGCUGAGCCUUUGCUGGGAGCUGCAGAAUCCUUUGGACAUUUGAGGCGGCUACUGAAGACCCACUGGAGGAGCGAUGGGGAGCAGCUUCUGGUGGCCCGGGAGGGCGAAAGAGACCACCCGGUGCUGGGAGAACCACCUUGUCCGGAGUAUGAUGACUUCGACGUUCCCACACCUGUCUUCAUCAAGCAGCUGCUGGUGCGUCGAAUCCAGUUUUUUGUUUCUGUGCGCUUUAAUGGCAAGGCAUCAGCUUCUGGCAACUGCAGUAGCGAGGCGCUUCAGGCGGUGGACAUUGUGCUACGCAAAUUGAUUCCCUUCGACGUCUCUCAAGCGCGACUAUCUCUUGGGCCGUUCUUCCGGCGUCGACCAGGGACGGUAGCACCCAAGGGAUGUAGGCGAUGUUUCCGGAAGCUCCUUUUUGGAGAACCCAGUAGUGAUGCCUUUCUGGCCGACGAGUUCCUUCCCCACGGCUUUUCGGAGCUGGUCAGCGAGGCCGCCUCCGCGGCCUCGGACGCGGUGCUGCGGCAGAUUCCUCAACUGCUUGGAGCGCAGCGAGUACUGGGUAGCCCUGCACACCUUUGCACAGAGCUGGGACAAGCUGCACAGUUGGCCAUCUAUGGUUUGUGUAGCUUCAGUCCCUGGCUGCUGAUGGCCGCGUUGCUCACAGUGAUAGCGGCGAUUCUGGAAUCUGUCGAAGGUAUCUUCAUGAUCAUCGCCAAGACCACGUGCCGAAUCACAGCUGGAACUGUCCCAACUGGUUUGCGAAAAGAGCCUUCAGGCUUUCCAGGAGCAUUGAUGGAUUUGCUGUGGUAUGGCUUUCCCUGGCAUGUUCAGCAGAUCUACCGUGAGUGCCGUCGGCAAAGUCAUAUCGCUUACUCUGCCAAUUCGCUGAGAGUUAGUAUAUGGUGCGUCCUGGAAGGGACCUGGUACUGUUUGUUCUCGAUCCUCUCCUCGGCCAUGGUCAUCGUCGCCAAGUUGUUCCAAGCUCUACAGUUGUUGUGCCACACACUGGCCUGGUAUGUUUGCCCUGAGCGCAUCGCAGAGCUCGGCGCGCCGCUCUCCCGUCGCGUGGGGCCCUUGCUGUUCCACCUUGGGGCACCGCUGCAGUACUCACACUCAGUGACAUCCACCAUGGCGGUGGUUCACACAGCGGUGCGCGGCACUCGGCUGCGUGACUGGCGUCUACAGCAGCUUCCGGGCAAUGAAGGGACCUUGCUGGCCGUGCAGGGCUCCGGCUUUUUCUUGGUGCGUUCCAGUGCCAUCAUGGCCUGCGUGCCCGCGCGGGAAAGAGACGUCUUCCUUGCGUGGCAGGCCAAAGGGAACUGGCAAAAGGUGGAACUGUUGAUGCGGCUGGAGGGCAAAGCUACCUUUCUGCUGUGUUUCCACGGCAAUGACAAGAUGCCAAAGGUACUUCGCCUGCGUAGUCGAAGAGCAGCAUUGAUGGCAUUCAGUUUCGCGCAGGAAUGUGUUUCCAGUUGGGCGAAAACAGAAAUGACUCAAAUGGCACCCGAGACACCGAAGUCUAGACUGCUUCGUCGAGUGUCUUGGCGAUGCUUCGUCGGGUGCACCGUUCCGCUGCGGUGCGUGCAUCCGGAUAGAGUGACACCGCAGGAGCCGCUUCGCCACGCGGGUGUGGCCGCCGUUUUGGGACAGAUAGCCGUUGCCAGUGGUAGCUGGGGAGGCUCCUCCAGGAUGCUGAUCCAUCGCUUACCUCUACUGAUCCCUCAAGGGGAAAGUGCAGCGCCUAGCAGUCGCAUCUUGCUGCGCGGCUGGGUGACAGCCUCACAUUAUGAUGCCAGUCCGAUGGCAUCGCGGUCGCAAGUGCCUAGCGCCGUUCCUGACUGCCCCCUUGCAGAUGCCUUAAAGACAAAGCAGCCGGCCGGGCUAGCCCGUCUUGGAGAAAGUGUCUUUAUGGAUUGCUAUAGUGAGUUGGCCAGCGUUGCAAAAGUGUCCGGUACGUUCAGCCUCGAUUCUUGGAGCUGCUGGGUCGAAGAUGGGGAUAGGUCAAUGCGGAAGCGUGUGGAAGAAUGGCCGAUGGCCGUGGAGCCCGAGCCCGUAGAGCUCUGGCGAAGGAUCGCAUCCAACGAGGCGCCUGACCUUGCCGAGGUCGCUGCCGAAGGGUCGCGGCUGCUGGUGGCGUUGCAAGAUGCGGUGGCGGCCGGGAAGGUCGAUGAGUUGCCUUCCUUGCUGGGUUGCCUGGCUGCCUGUUGCGCCCAUUGCACGGUGCCCGGGGCAGAGUUGCAGGUGGCUUCACUUUUGUUGCAGCCUCUCCCAUCGAUACUGACUCCAGCAGCUCUUUGUGUGGAAACUCUGGCGGACCCGCAAAGUCGUGAGGUCUUUCGCCGCAGCGGGGCCAUUCGGGUGCUAGUGGCUGCACUGGGGUCAGAUUCGCCCGAUGGUGUAGAAGCUGCGACUGCAGCGCUCAACAGCCUCAGUGUGGAUGACAAGUGUCAGGCCGAGAUGGUGGCCCUGGGUGCUUUGGAGUUGUUGGUCUCCAAGCUCUCAGUGAAGGCUGCGGAAUGCCUGGGCCAGUUUGCCUUGAAGGAAGCCUACAGGAUACGUUUGUUCAAGCUGGGCCUGGUGACAGCACUGCUGAAGCUCAUUGAAGCCCAGCCUGCGGUUGGCGCAGUGGCAGCCUUGCUGAAUCUCUGCGCUUUGGACGAUUGCAAGGCGGCCGUUUGCCGGGCGUCGGGUGCGUUACGCCUGUUGAGCAGUUUGCUGUUUGGGGGUUCUCCCUUGAACCAGGUCGCUGCAAUGACCUUGUCCAGCCUAGCAGAGAAGGACUCCUGUGCCUGCGCUUUGACAGACUCCAACUGCGAUUUGGCCUUGUUGCACUGUCUUUCUUCAGAUGAUGGACUUCUCGUUGCGAAGUCUUCCGAAGCCUUGUUGAAGCUGACGCUGGUGCCGGUCGGUCGCAGCGUCUUGUGGCAGGAAGAAAGGUUGAAGCAGUUGCUGGCACCAAAAAGACCUGAGACGCAGCGUCAACAGCUCAUGAUCUUGCAGCACCUGGCUGAGGACGCCAAGGGACGUCGAGCCUUGAUGAAAGCAGGCGUGUUGCACUUCAUCCGGCCACUGUUGGAUUCCUCGGAAGCCAAUGAGGCAGCAGCUUUGGCUUGGAAUAUGAGCAUCGAGGAGGUCUUUGCUGAGGACUUGUGCCAUGCAGGAGGCGUUCCGCUUUUGCUGGCACAUGCAGGUCACAGCUACCAAGCCCUGGGCGCGUUGCUGCAGAUGUCGCUUCGAAACGAGGAAGUCAUCAAGCAACUCUACCAGCAAGAUGCGGUCCAGCUGCUUUUGGAUCUGCUUCAAGCGGACGCGGCAGACGCAGAGGAGCAUCGCAUCGCCUUGUACGGUGCGAAGCUCCUGACAAGCAUGGCCCUGGAAAUGGAUAACUUUGAGCAGGCGGCGUGGCGUUCCGCUCCCCGGAUCUUGGCCCUGCGGCUCCGUUCCUCGGACGGCGAGCUGCGGGCGGAGCUCUGCAGUUGCGGCUGGCUGCUCUGCGCCGACCAAGUGGAAGCAGAGGCGCACUGCAACAGCUUCGCCGAAGCCGGAGGUCUAUGGGCAAUUUGCAUCAUGCUCGCGGAAGAGGAGGGUCCCACUGGUCCCACUGAGCCGGCGCUGGGGAUCUUGACGGCUCUCUGCAGAAACUGCUCGGAACGUCAGGAGUCCUUCCUGCAGAUGGGCGGCCUGGAGUUGUUACUGCCCUUCCUCGAUCGCUCCUCACCACAACGCAUCCGGCAUUUGGCAGCCAAGGCACUUUGCGCAGUCUUGGAGGAUCCGAACUUGCGGAUGAGGCGCUUGACGGAGCUUGGGGUGCUUGAAGACUUCAGCGAGAUUUUAGCGACCUUCGGGGAGCACCAAAAGAUCUGAAAACCCAGUGGCAUACUAUGCCAGUUUCAUGCCGUUUCACUGCUGGUGCCGUUGCAUCCAGCUACUAGAUAUUUAGAUGGACCAAUGUAGUUAGUCAACUGCUAGGUGACUAUGG